AUGCUUUUAAACUCAUUUACGGCUGUCCAAGUUAGUGAAUGGCUAUACUUUGGAUUAUCUAUAACUUGCAUACUAAUCUGUGUUAUUCUGUCUCUCAUUUUGCAACUUAGUAAAAGUGUUUGGUCCAGCUACCCAUUAAAUUACUGCCUGGUUGCAAUAAUGGCCAUCCUGAGUACUGUAGCUGCUGCGCUGGCAUAUCCUACAAGUAGCAUUUAUUGUAAACUUGUAGCUGCUGGCUUGACAAUUCUUAUCUCAUCGGGGAUUAUACCUAUAGGUCUCUAUAUGAGACUAAUAAAUACAAUGGGACUGAUCGUAUUCGUUUCAUUGGAAAGUGUACUUAUACUAUCUGGAUGUAUUAUGUACUAUUUCGGGAACUAUUUCAGGUAUGUGGCCGAAGUUUGCUGGAUCUUCUCCAUUAGCAUCAUCAUUUUUAUGAUAGCAAACCAAUUGAAAUUUGACAUCAAGAACCGUUUUUCCAAGUUUCGCAUAACAUUUGAUGCUGUAACAAUUUGGAUGGGAAUGUUAACCUUCUACGUUAUAACAUUAAUUUGUUUAAAUGAAACACGAAAGCUUUUCAACUAG